UCGUUUGGUUCAUUGCAGAGGAACAGUCGUGCUGUCUCAGUAACGGAAGCCAUACAAGUUCAUUCACGGUAUUUAUCUCCAUACUCAACACCUUUUAGUAGCGUGGAUUCUAACUUUUGAUUGAAAUUUAACAGCAAAAAAGGAUGAAGCUGUGUGCCACUGAUUUGACUGGAAAUUUGACUAACUGAGGGAAAUGCGGUUCACUGGAAGGCCACAACAGCAACGGCAGAAACAAACCCUGGUAACCAUGAACGGGCUCCUCUCUUGAGGCCUGUGUGGCGUUUUGUAACGCAGUUUAAAUUGUUUCUGCUAGCCUUCACACUUUGUGAUCAUGGGCUGGAAGCUCUCCUCCCAGAAGCUUGGCUUUUUCCUUGUGACAUUUGGCUUCAUAUGGGGCAUGAUGCUCCUACACUUCACCAUCCAGCAGCGGACUCAGCAUGAAAGUAGCAGCAUGCUUCGGGAGCAAAUCCUGGACCUCAGCAAGCGCUACAUCAAAGCACUGGCAGAGGAAAACCAGAACGUGGUGGAUGGGCCCUAUGUUGGGACAAUGACAGCGUAUGAUUUAAAGAAGACUCUGGCUGUACUCCUAGAUAACAUUGUACAGCGACUGGGGAGGCUUGAAUCCAAAGUGGACACCCUGCUUUUCAAUGGCACGGGGGGAAACUCGACAAACACCACCAUCACUGUUGGUCCCAUCCCAGGGAACACAGAGAAAGUCAAUGUGGCAGAUCUCAUUAAUGGCGCCCAAGAACAGUGUGAACUGCCUCCCAUGGAUGGCUUUCCUCACUGCGAGGGCAAAGUGAAGUGGAUGAAGGACAUGUGGCAGUCAGAUUCGUGUUAUGGCAGCUAUGGUGUGGACGGGUCCACCUGUUCUUUCUAUAUUUAUCUCAGUGAGGUUGAAAACUGGUGUCCUCGGCUUCCAUGGAGGGCAGUAAAUCCCAAUGAAGACUCUAACAAAAUGGCAAAGUCUGAAAUCCGGACGGGUUUUGAGGAGCUGUACAGAGUGAUGUCCAGGCGUGAGGAAUUCCGCUGGAUGAUGCUGCGGAUAAAAAGAAUGGCAGAUGCCUGGAUGGGAGCCAUCCGAUCCCUGGCUGAGAAGCAGAACCUUGUGAAGCACAAGCGGAAAAAGAUACUCGUUCACCUGGGUCUCUUGACAAAGGAAUCUGGUUUCAAGAUUGCGGAGAAUGCAUUCAGUGGUGGCCCCCUGGGUGAGCUGGUCCAGUGGAGUGAUUUAAUUACAACCCUCUACCUACUGGGCCAUGACGUCCGGAUCUCAGCAUCACUGGCUGAGCUGAAGGAGAUAAUGAGAAAGGUAGUUGGCAACAAGUCUGGCUGCCCAACCAAGGGUGAUAAAGUGGUGGAGCUGAUUUACAUCGAUAUUGUUGGGCUCACUCAGUUCAAGAAGACGCUUGGUCCUUCCUGGGUACAUUACCAGUGUAUGCUUCGUGUGUUGGAUUCAUUUGGCACUGAGCCCGAGUUCAACCACGCUCAGUAUGCACAGUCGAAGGGACACAAGACCCCCUGGGGAAAGUGGAAUCUGAAUCCCCAACAGUUCAACACCAUGUUUCCGCACACACCAGACAACAGCUUUCUUGGAUUUGUGGUGGAGCAGCACCUCAAUGCCAGUGACAGAAAGCAUAUUGAUGACAUCAAAAGGCAAAAUCAAUCCCUUGUCUAUGGAAAAGUGGCUAACUUCUGGAAGGACAAGAAGAAAUAUUUGGACAUUAUUCAAACCUACACGGAGGUCCACGGCACGGUUCACGGAACGAGCACAGCCCACCUGCCCAGCUACGUGAAAAACCAUGGCAUCCUCAGUGGCCGGGAACUACAGUUCCUACUGAGAGAGACCAAGCUGUUUGUUGGCCUUUCCUUCCCCUAUGAAGGGCCAGCUCCAUUGGAAGCUAUUGCUAAUGGCUGCGCUUUCCUGAAUCCAAAGUUUAACCCACCGAAAAGCAGCAAGAACACAGACUUCUUCAAAGGCAAGCCAACUCUGAGAGAGUUAACAUCUCAGCACCCCUACGCAGAAGUGUAUAUCGGGAAACCUCAUGUCUGGACAGUGAACAUCGAGGAUCCUGUUGAAGUGGAGAAAGCAGUCAAAGCUAUUCUAAGCCAGAAGAUUGAGCCAUAUCUGCCGUAUGAGUUCACCUGCGAAGGUAUGCUGCAAAGAGUCAACGCUUUCAUCGAAAACCAGGAUUUCUGCCAUGGUCAAGUGAUGUGGCCGCCCCUGAGUGCGCUCCAGGUGAAGGUCACUGAACCGGGGAAGUCCUGCAAACAAGCCUGUCAGGAGAAACAGCUAAUCUGUGAGCCCUCCUUCUUCCAGCACCUCAACAUGGACAAAGACCUGCUCAGGUACGGAAUAGAAUGCCAGACCGUGGAGUCUACAAAUGACAAUGUGGUGCCAGCCUAUGAUGAAGGGAGGAAGCACUGUGUUUUUCAGGGCGACCUGCUGCUCUUCAGCUGUGCUGGAGCUCAUCCAAACCUUAAACGCAUCUGUCCUUGUCGGGACUACAUGAAAGGACAGGUUGCACUCUGCCAGGGGUGUCUCUAGCAGCUGACAAACGUCAUGAAGCAAUGACAUGAGAGGUCCACACAUGUCCACAGCCCAGUAACAGGGACCCACUCUACUGGGCAGAGAAGAAACACACUUGCCUAGU